AUGCCAGCACUAAUGCCUUAUUUUCCUACUUUAGGUGUUAUGAGCACCACACCGUUUGAUCACCUUGUUACAGAAUCUAUUCGUAAAGGCUUUUAUGGUGCUGUGAAACCAACUGUUCCAUCUAAUUCGCUUCUUGUAACUACUGGCUGUAAUCCAUAUGUUGGAUAUUAUCAUGCAUCAGAGGGCAGCAGCCAGUUACUUUUAACAGAUGUUGUGCAAGCUGUUGCUUCAAAAUUGAUGAAUUUUAUAUCGAAUUACAAUGCAAGUGGCCUUGUAGGAGGCUUAAUGGGUUUUAAUCAACCAAAAGACCAAAAAACUCAACCAAAAAUUGAACCUGCUACUAUUUUACCUUUGAGGUUUGGUUUAUAUGAUAAAAGAAGGCAAGGAAUUUCAAUAUCAUUAUCGCCUAAUAAAUGUUUAGCUGCUGUAACUGAUGCAUUUGGGAGAGUCAUUUUGUUCGACAUUUUUAAGGGGGUAGCAGUUCGCAUGUGGAAAGGUUACAGAGAUGCUCAGUGUGGCUGGGUCGAAGUUGACGAUUCUAUAAUGAAGGACAAAAAGGAAAAUUCUAAAAAAAAUAGACGUGUUUUCUUUUUAGUUAUUUAUGCUCCUAGGCGAGGUAUAUUAGAA